UCCUGGGCCCCUCAGAUGCCGGCUGGGAAGGUCUGACUCACCUAGGAAGAGCCAAGUGCCUGCAGGGAGGCUUCAUCAACCUUGCGGAUGCCCGUCGAACAGCUCCAGGGGCGUGCACCUGCCUGGAUGGAGACCUCUGUGGGAGCUCCGGGCGAGAACACAACAGACACUUUCACCGACUUCUUUUCUGCACGUGAUGGCCACGGAACCCAAACCGCCCCUUUACCGUUCACUUUCAGCUAUGGUGACUAUGACAUGCCCCUGGAUGAAGAGGAAGAUGUGACCAAUUCCCGGACUUUCUUUGCUGCCAAGAUUGUGAUUGGCAUGGCUUUGGUGGGUAUCAUGCUGGUGUGUGGCAUCGGCAACUUCAUCUUUAUCACUGCUCUGGCCCGCUACAGAAAGCUUCGCAACCUCACCAACUUGCUUAUCGCCAACCUGGCCAUUUCGGACUUCCUUGUGGCCAUCGUGUGCUGCCCCUUUGAGAUGGACUACUAUGUGGUACGCCAGCUCUCCUGGGAACACGGCCAUGUCCUGUGCGCCUCUGUCAACUACUUGCGCACCGUCUCCCUCUACGUCUCCACUAACGCCCUGCUGGCCAUUGCCAUCGACAGGUAUCUGGCCAUCGUGCACCCGCUGAGACCGCGGAUGAAGUGUCAGACAGCUGCAGGCCUGAUCUUCCUGGUGUGGUCUGUGUCUAUCCUCAUUGCCAUCCCAGCCGCCUACUUCACCACUGAGACCGUGUUGGUCAUUGUGGAGAGCCAGGAGAAGAUCUUCUGCGGCCAGAUCUGGCCGGUGGAUCAGCAGUUCUACUACAGGUCCUAUUUCCUUUUGGUCUUCGGCCUUGAGUUCGUGGGUCCUGUAGUCGCUAUGACCCUGUGCUAUGCCCGGGUGUCCCGGGAGCUCUGGUUCAAGGCAGUUCCUGGCUUCCAGACAGAGCAGAUCCGCCGGAGGCUGCGCUGCCGCCGCAGGACAGUAUUGGGGCUCGUGUGCGUCCUCUCUGCCUAUGUGCUGUGCUGGGCUCCCUUCUAUGGCUUCACUAUCGUGCGGGACUUCUUCCCCUCUGUGUUUGUGAAGGAGAAGCACUACCUCACCGCCUUCUAUGUGGUGGAGUGCAUCGCCAUGAGCAACAGCAUGAUCAAUACCCUGUGCUUUGUGACAGUCAGGAAUAACACCAGUAAGUAUCUCAAGAGGAUCCUGCGGCUCCAGUGGAAGGCCUCUCCCAGCGGGAGCAAGGCCAGUGCUGACCUCGAUCUCAGGACCACGGGGAUGCCUGCCACUGAGGAGGUGGACUGCAUCCGACUGAAAUAAGCCAACUGGUACCACGGCGGCCGGUGCACACAGCAACCAUGAACUUGGUUUUCUGCGGAAGGCAGAGGAAAGAGACAACCACUUAGACACACAAUUCAAAGACCGCUGAAGUGUGGAAUUUCUGAAAUGGAGACCUGA